AUGGUGACGGCUCCGCUGCUUUUCCUUAACAUUCUGCUCGUCGCGCUAAAGCUGUUCAAAAUAAAGCACCUGACCAGUGACCUGUACAUAGGACUGGGCGGGCGGUAUCCCAAAUGGUCGACGCUUGCCAGGUCCAACUCAUUCGUUGAGAAGCGCAGCGCUGAGACGGGAAAGGUCACAAUAAUGGUGGCUGACCUGGUGAACAGAGUGUGGGACAUGGAUGGCGGCAAGAAGAACCUUGUAUUCCUUCCUGAGCGCAAGAAAAAGAGCCAACUAUUCGUGAUAGAACGUUCAGAACACGGAUGGAUCAGAAUUACGAACAGGGGGAGGUGCAUCACGUACGAUAAGUCGGACAGGCGAUUUGAAAGAAAGGAAUGUAGGGAUGAGCACCUAGCACAGGUAUUUCUUAUGGCAGACGAGGACGGAAAGGUUAUGUCGGAUAGGGAUAUCAAUGAGAUGGAGAUUAGGAUGGAGAUAGACCCUACCAUUUCGUUCGGCUCGUCUGGGAAUAAAACGAUGAGUCGUGAGAUCGAUGGCAGAGCCGAUUGGUCGCGUGUGCUUGAAUCGCAUGUGAUGGCUGGCGGUGAACUUGGAGGGCCUGAUGCAUUGGAAGCAGCGGCAGAAACGUAUUUUGGGCGAAGCGGUCUGGCAGAUACGGUAGGAUUGAACGCGAUGACCGAUGCAGCUCGAAUGGACGGCAUCACAACGAUGGAAAUGCUAGCACGCGUUCAUCCAGCAGCCAAGAGGCAUUGGAAAGCCACGAACAAUGGCGUUCAUCAAGCAGCCAAGAGGCACUGGAAAGCCACGAACAAUGCAGCACAGCCCAUCGCUGCCGGACAAAUGCCCGUCAACACUCCGCCUCCUGGCAUGGGAACGAGCGGUGCAUCAGCACGUAAUAUCGAUUCGUUUGCCAGUCCGUACGCUGCUCUUACGCGCCGGCUGAGUAAGCGGUCUGAUACAACUCCUGUGUCAGAAAGACUCAAGCUCUUGAUGCUUUACCUGGGCACAGGACCAAAUUACGGCACCAAUGUGCCACCACAGCACGCCUAUCCACGUCACUCAUAG